CUCCUUUUGAUCACACCAGCAGCGGAUCAUGAGCACAACAUGUUGAAGAUUUCACAAGUGGCAGUGCGGUAGUGUUAGUAUAUAAUCUGCCGUGAGCGUCAACUUUUUAACUUUAGAUGGGUCGUAACUGAAGGAACUACACAUACACAGCCAUGAUAUGAAAUUAGUUAGGUGUUUCAUUUCCGCUGAUUCAGAGGAGCUUAUUUGAAAACCGCAAAUACCAGAGCUGCAGAAAUAUAGGCUAGAUCUAGGAGAGACAACAGCCGAAAUGAAUCUUGCGGUGCUUUGUGGUACUCUGUUAACAAUGAUGCUUCUCAAUCCAGGCGUACUGGGAAGCACGGAGUGUUCAUGUGGCCGGAACCAUUUCACCUGUGCGGUGAGUCCAUUCGGGGAGUGUACCUGCAUUCCUGCUCAGUGGCAGUGCGACGGGGACAACGACUGCGGAGACCACAGUGAUGAGGAUGGCUGCAUGUUACCCACCUGCUCUCCAGUAGACUUCCACUGUGACAACGGCAAGUGCAUCCGCCGCUCGUGGGUGUGUGACGGGGACAACGACUGCGAGGAUGACUCUGACGAACAGGACUGCCCUCCCCGAGAGUGUGAGGAGGAUGAGUUCCACUGCCAGAAUGGAUACUGCAUCCGCAGCCUGUGGCACUGCGAUGGUGACAACGACUGCGGGGACAACAGUGACGAGCACUGCGAGAUGAGGAAAUGCUCUGAUAAGGAGUUCCGCUGCUCUGAUGGGAGCUGCAUCGCUGAGCACUGGUACUGUGACGGAGACACGGACUGCAAAGAUGGAACCGAUGAGGAGAAUUGCCCUUCUGACGUCACAACUCCCAGCUGCAGUGCCGAAGAGUUCCAGUGUGCGUACGGCCGCUGCAUCCUAGAUAUUUAUCAUUGCGACGGGGAUGAUGACUGUGGAGACUGGUCCGAUGAGUCUGACUGCUCCUCCCACCAGCCUUGCCGUUCGGUUGAGUUUAUGUGCAGCAGUGGGAUGUGCAUCAAUGCCGGCUGGAGGUGCGAUGGCGAGUUUGACUGUGACGACCAGUCUGAUGAGAAGAACUGCACCACGUCCAUGUGCACGGCAGAUCAGUUUCGUUGCGCGUCGGGCCGCUGUGUGCGGUUGUCAUGGCGAUGUGACGGUGAAGAUGACUGCGCUGACGGCAGUGAUGAAGAUGGCUGUGAAAAGACAGAGACCCCACCCUGUGCCUCAGAUCAGUUCAUGUGUGGGAAUGGCCGCUGCAUCGGCCAGAGGAAGGUGUGCAACGAGGUCAACGACUGUGGAGACGGCACCGACGAAGACCCGCACCAAGACUGCCGCCCUAGGUCCAGUGAAGGGAACUGUAACCUGAACAACGGCGGCUGCUCUCAGAAGUGCCAGAUGGCGCGGGGCCUGGUCGAGUGCACUUGCCACACUGGCUACAGGCUGACGGAGGACCGCAAGUCAUGCGAAGAUGUGGACGAGUGUGCAGAGGAAGGCUACUGCAGCCAGGGCUGCACCAACACGGAGGGGGGUUUCCAGUGCUGGUGUGUACAGGGUUACGAGCUGAGGCCUGACAAGCGCACCUGCAAAGCGCUGGGUCCGGAACCGGUUCUGCUGUUUGCCAAUCGCAUCGACAUCCGCCAGGUUCUGCCUCACCGCUCUGAGUACACGCUGCUGCUGAACAACCUGGAGAACGCCAUCGCCCUGGACUUCCACCACAACCAGGAGCUGGUGUUCUGGUCCGAUGUGACGCUGGACCGCAUCAUGAAGGCCAACCUGAAUGGCAGUAACGUAGAGGAGGUGGUGUCCACUGGCCUGGAGAGCCCAGGUGGUCUGGCCAUUGACUGGAUUCAUGACAAGCUGUACUGGACGGACUCUGGGACGUCACGCAUCGAGGUUGCCAAUCUGGACGGGACACACCGCAAGGUCCUCCUGUGGCAGAGCAUGGAAAAGCCCCGGGCUAUUGCCCUUCACCCCAUCGAGGGGAAGAUCUACUGGACAGACUGGGGAAAUACCCCUCGCAUAGAGUACGCCAACAUGGAUGGCUCAAACCGCAAAAUAAUCGCAGAUACUCAUCUAUUCUGGCCCAACGGACUGACCAUUGACUACGCCAGCCGCCGCGUCUUCUGGGUGGAUGCCAAGCACCACGUCAUCGAGCGCUCUGAUCUUGAUGGACAGAACCGGAAGGCUGUCAUUAGCCAAGGACUCCCUCAUCCCUUUGCCAUCACUGUGUUUGAGGACAGCCUGUACUGGACAGACUGGCACACCAAGAGCAUCAACAGCGCCAACAAGUUCACUGGCAAGAACCAGGAAAUCAUCCGCAACAAGCUGCACUUCCCCAUGGACAUUCACACCCUGCAUCCCCAGAGGCAGCCAGCAGGUGGGCUAAAUCGCUGUGGGAACAACAAUGGAGGCUGCAGUCACCUGUGUCUCCCUAGCAACAAGACCUACACCUGUGAAUGCCCCACAGGCUUCAAGAAAGUGGACAACCAUAACUGUGCCCUGAGUCUUGACAAGUUCCUGCUUUUUGCCCGAAGGACGGACAUCCGUCGGAUCAGCUUUGACACAGAGGACAUGUCCGAUGUUGUCAUUAAACUGGCAGAUGUUCGCAACGCCGUGGCCCUGGACUGGGAUGCCAGCUACGGCCACAUCUACUGGACUGACGUCACCACAGACUCAAUCAACCGAGCGCUGUGGGACGGCUCCAAACAGGAGGUUGUGGUUGACACCAGCCUUGAGAGCCCUGCAGGUCUGGCCAUUGACUGGGUGACUAAUAAACUGUACUGGACUGAUGCAGGCACAGACAGGAUUGAGGUUUCCAAUGCAGACGGCAGCAUGCGCACUGUGCUAAUUUGGGAGAAUCUGGAUCGCCCAAGGGACAUUGUUGUGGAUCCCAUAGGAGGAUUGAUGUACUGGACUGACUGGGGAGCCAGCCCUAAAAUCGAGCGUGCUGGAAUGGAUGCAUCCAAUCGCAUCGUCAUCAUCUCCACCAAUCUGACCUGGCCCAACGGCCUGGCCAUUGACUACCAAACAGAAAGACUGUACUGGGCGGAUGCCGGCAUGAAGACCAUAGAGUAUGGCAACUUUGACGGUUCUGACAGACAGAUAUUAAUUAGUAGCCAGCUGCCACACCCGUUUGGCUUGACGCUUCACGAGGACAGGAUCUUCUGGACGGACUGGCAUUCCAAGAGCAUCCAGAGUGCCAACAAGCUGACGGGUCUGGAUCGUGCCACACUGGUGGAGAACCUGGAGAACCUCAUGGACAUCCACAUGUUCAACCGCCAUCGCUCGUCAGUGCGGACCCCGUGCGCUGUGAACAAUGGAGGUUGCAGCCACCUGUGUCUCCUGGCUCCCCCUCCCAAAGGCUCCAGUUGUGCCUGUCCCACUGGCAUCAACCUCCAGGUGGAUGGGAAGACCUGUGCCCAUGGAAUGAGCAGCUUCCUGAUAUUUGCUCGACGCACAGACAUCCGUAUGGUUUCUCUGGACAUCCCCUACUUUGCUGAUGUGGUCCUGGCUGUCAACGGCUCCAUGAAGAACACCAUCGCCAUUGGGGUGGACCCUAAAGAGGGUAAAGUGUAUUGGUCAGACAGCACACUGAAGAAAAUCACUAGAGCCAACAUCAAUGGGACAGGACAGGAGGACAUCAUUGCAACUGGGCUCAUGACAACUGACGGGCUGGCUGUAGACUCCCUGGGCCGCAAGAUUUAUUGGACAGACACCGGCACCAAUCGCAUCGAAGUCGCUAAUAUGGAUGGGUCCAUGCGUAAAGUCCUGGUGUGGCAGAACCUGGACAGUCCUCGUGCUAUUGCUCUCUACCACGAGAUGGGGUACAUGUACUGGAGUGACUGGGGUGAGCACGCUAAGCUGGAGAGGUCUGGAAUGGAUGGCUCCGACCGGGUGGUUCUCAUCAGUAAUAAUUUGGGCUGGCCUAACGGACUGGCAAUAGACAAGGCCGGCUCUCAGCUCCUGUGGGCCGACGCUCACACUGAGCGCAUUGAAGUGGCCGACCUGAACGGCUCCAACCGCCGCAUCCUGGUGUCUCCGGUGCAACACCCGUACGGGCUGACCCUCCUCGGGCCGCACAUCUACUGGACGGACUGGCAGAGCCGCAGCAUCCAGAGAGCAGACAAGACCACUGGCACCAACACCAUCACCGUCAGGUCCAACCUGCCCGGGCUCAUGGACAUACAGGCUGUGGACCGUGAGAGGCCUCUAGGUUUUAAUAAGUGUAGUCGGAGGAAUGGCGGCUGCACCCAUCUCUGUCUGCCUCGGCCUAAUGGCACGUCCUGUGCCUGUCCCACCGGCAUCCUGCUCAAGCCGGACGGCCGCUCAUGUGACAACAGCCCCGAGACCUACCUGUUGUUCUCCAACCGCGUCAGUGUGCGCCGCAUCUCCCUGGAUACCAACGACCACACGGACGUGCACGUGCCCGUGCCAGAGCUGCAUAACGUCAUCUCCCUGGAUUACGACAGCGUCGACGGCAAGCUCUACUACACUGACGUUUCGCUAGAUGUCAUCAGGCGGUCUAAUUUGGAUGGCACUGGUAUGGAGACGGUGAUUAGCCAGGGACUGAAAACGACCGAUGGUCUGGCUGUGGACUGGGUGGCCCGGAACAUGUACUGGACAGACACAGGCCGCAACACUAUUGAGGUGGCCCGUCUGGAUGGCACCGCAAGGAAGGUUCUGAUCAACAACAGUUUGGACGAGCCCAGGGCAAUCGCUGUAUUCCCCAGCAAAGGGUAUUUGUUCUGGACUGACUGGGGUCACAUUGCAAAGAUAGAGCGGGCAUGCCUUGAUGGCUCCGACAGAAAAGUCCUCAUUAACACCGACUUGGGCUGGCCAAAUGGCCUGACACUGGAUUACGACACACGCAGGAUAUUUUGGGUGGAUGCUCACCUGGACAGGAUUGAGAGUUCUGACCUGAAUGGAAAUCUCAGGCAAAUCCUGGUCAGCCCAGUGUCGCACCCUUUUGCUCUCACACAGUUGAAGCCGGUCUCCUCCCCACUAACUCCUUUCUCCCGCAUCUCACAGCAAGACCGCUGGAUAUACUGGACGGACUGGCAGACCAAGUCCAUUCAGCGGGUAGAUAAGCACGCGGGCCGCAAUAAGGAGACCGUGCUGGCCAACGUAGAGGGCCUCAUGGACAUCAUCGUGGUGUCACCCCAGCGGCAGAGUGGCACCAAUCACUGUGGGGUAAAUAAUGGAGGCUGUACACACCUGUGCUUCGCCAAGACCAACAGCUUUGCGUGUGCCUGCCCCGAUGAGCCGGACGACAGGCCCUGCUCAACCAUCUCAGGAUAUGUGCCUGCUGUUCCCAGUGGAGGUGUAAACCCCAUUACGCGUGCACCCAACAAGAACCCUAAACUUCCCACAGAGAAGCCUCAACGAGGACAUCCAGUGGUCAACUGCACAGAUAAGAGCCUCAGCGUGGAGGGAUGCAUAGAGAGCAAUGUGGUGACUGCUCCACAUGGUGAGGGACUCCAUAUCAGUUAUGUCAUUGGUGGGGCUCUGACCAUCUUGGCCAUUCUUAUACUCAUUGCUGCAUUCAUCAUAUACAAGCAUAAAAAGUCAAAGUUUGCUGACCCAGGAGUGAGUAACUUGACCUACAGUAACCCAUCAUACAGGACGUCAACGCAAGAAGUCAAAAUAGAGACGACCCAGAAACCUCCGAUUUACAAUCAGCUACGAUAUAAAAAAGAGGCGACCUGCGACAACAACUACACCAAGGAAAAGAUCCGCAUUGUGGAGGGCGUGUGCCUGCUUUCGGGCGAGGAGCUUUACUGGGAGGACCUGAAACAGCUGAAGAUGUGCCGUGGCGGCGGGCUGCACGCCUGCAUGCGCACGGACACCGUCUCCCUGCAGGCCAGCAGCGCCUCGCUGGACGACGGCGAGACCGAGCAGCUGCUGCAAGAGGAGCAGUCCGAGUGCUCCAGCAUUAACACCGCCCCGGCCACCACCCCCCAGCGCCACGCCUCCACCCACCUCCCAGACACGGGCUGGGCCCCCAACCGCAAGCCCUCCACAGAGAGCGAGGUCUGACGUAGUCGUCGUCAUCGUCGUCGUUAGGCCCUAACACGCCGGAACAUGCAUACGUGAACACAUACACAAGUCAUCUGGGUCCAUACCGACCAUACAACCUUAACCAGUCAGUCAAUCGCAAGCCCUCCAUGUCUCACAAUAUAUGACUGGUGCAAAUGGAACAUAUUUGAGUACGACAAACAAACACACACAAACACAUCAAGCCUCUUUUACACACAUUCAUAUUCCUCUGCUGCUUUUAAUGAAUAGAUAUCCUGACAAAAUAACACACACACACACACCUUCCACUGUUCCUUGGAGAUCAACCGGCCUUCUAUGCUGGCCCUCCGUCCUGUUCACCCCAUAAGGCCCAUCACCCCCCUUCAGCCUCCCCCUCCCUCCCCCUCCAACCUCAACUGACUCAAGGUAGCCCCCUUCAGACAAAAGACUGAACUGCAUUUCAAAGCUUUCUGAAGGAUGGCCAUAAGCUGGACCCUUGAUGAGAGGAAUGAGCUAAAUCAUGAACAUGUCAGGAGCCUCAAGAUAGAAGAAUCCCGCUUGAAAACAAGCAGCGCUUUGUUGUGUAUGAUAUUGCUUUCUUUUUUUGGACAUUUUGAAAACGAAAACAAAAAGUAUCUUCUCGUGGACUAUGUAACAUACGUCGCUCUCUCUCGGUUGACACUCAUUUCAUGCCAUGUCUUUUUUUGCAAAGUCUAUUUAUGAACUCCUUUUUUUUACGUCUGAGUUGGUCUGUCGAUUUCUGGAGUAUUGAAGCGAAUUAAAGAACUGUUAAGCCUGCAUCCAUUCAUAGGACUUAUCUGUAUUUAUGACAGUGCCAAAGGACAGAGUGAUUACUUAUUCAGAGAGUGCCUCUGUGCUUUCUUUAUCUUCAAGUUUAAUGUAUACUGCAGAGGAAUGCAGAGAAUACUUCAACUAGCUGUAGUAGCUGAGUGUGGAUAUGUUUUAAACAUUGCCUUUUUUUUUUGCAUCUCCUUCCUCAUCUCUUUCCUCUACAAAAGAAACUCUGGGCUCACCCUGAACUUUUAACUGUGUUUUUAAAUUUUGUGUUGUAUGGUUGGCAUACGUGAAAGAAAUGGGAGAUAUUUUAUUAAAGCUGCAAAAAUUAUUGGUCCUCGGGGAAAGCAGUCUCAAUGAAGAAUAAGUGCCAAACAUUUUUAUUUUCAGUUAUUUAUAUUUCAUGGAGGUCAAUGGGUGUUCUUUGCAUUUUUCCUCUACUUUUGGUUUGACCUAGAUCCACCAUCUCAAAAUCUGUAAAGCACCAUGCACUUGCAGUGUCUAUACUCUAUAAAUAUUUAGUUUUUAAAUGCAGCUUUCUGUGAAACACAUGGGGCUAUGUACAUGUCUAAAAUUAUACCACUGACCAUACCGAGACAUUCAUUUCUAAGGAAAAAGAAUAUAUCUGAUGCAUUGAUGGUGCGUUGUUUUGUACUUUUUUGUAAUUGUUGUGGAAAAUGCUUAGAGAGUUGUGAACAGGUCUGGGUUGGUGUUCUCAAAACCAGUUAUCUUGAAGUAACUUCAACAAGUUCAGCAUCGUGCUGAUUCGCUGCUAAAACACAUACUCAGCACUGAGGCCAAUGAUUCAUGGUCUUGGCAGCUACUUAACCUAAGCUCUCUGAUGGUUUUCUUACAAACGCCCAGAGAAUCUAGUCUAGUGCUCUGUUUAAUAGCAACUCUAACCUGCUUGCUUUUUAUUCACAGAUUUAAAAAAAAAAAAAAAAAAAAAAAAUCGCUAACAAUCAGUCUUGUACAGAUAUCACAAUGAGAAGUUAAACAAACAAACAAACAAACAAAAAACAUUUGUAUGUGUUGAAGAUAUUGUGUUGAUUUUAUUGUAUAGAGAGUCUUUUGUACAAAGGGAUUUCAUGAUUUGUUUUGAAUUGUUUGUAUUAAUUUUACUCACUGGAGAGGAAAUUUUUUUUCUGAAUUAUUUAACCACUUUGUUUCCAAACCUUGUGAAUGAUAGGGUUUAUGCCAGUUAUUUAAUAGAGUGCUCUUUUAUGUUACAAAUUAUUGGUCACAUAUAACUGUUGUAAAGUUAACUGAAAGAGAUAUUUAUAAUUCAUUUGUUUGGUUGUCACUUAUGUGUAAAUAUGAAAAGACUGUAUAUGUAUCCUUCCUCCCUGUUGCAAUACUAACAAGCUGUGUUGUGUGAUUAUAGUGAAUUACACCUUUGCUAUCUUUUUAAUAUAAAACUGCAUUUGCAUUUAAAGAAA